CGGUCAGCAAACAUCUCUGCGGAAUCCAUCACGCGACGACGCAAUGACCGGCAUCACUAGCCUUCCCUGCGAGAUAGUGGUUUCCAUUUUCCGGAACUUGGACGAUGUGCGCUGUAUCUCUUCAGUGCUUCUUACUUGUCGCUACUUCUACGCAUGCUACAACGAGAGGCCUAGUAUUGGAGCCGAGAUCCUCCGCCGCCGAAUCCCCUCGGCCUUGUUACCCUACUCUGUCGCCUUGAUUGAAGCGUCGCGUCACCCCUUCCUACCCGCGGUCGGCGCUGUGCUUCAACUUCUCCAUGAUUUAUACGAACACCCCGACCAAAUGGCCAACAAACUACAUUCGCUUCCUAUCUCCGGCUUGCUUGAACUGGGGCACAUCCACGUGAUCAUUGAUACCUUGGUAAACGACUUUGCAACAGAUGCUUGGAAGCUCCUUUGUCAAGAAGCGGAAGAUUUCCCGACAAGCGUUUCUUUAUCAUCCACCGAAUACCUCCGUUUUUGCCGUGCUUUCUAUCGUGCCGAACUAUUCUUUCGGGUUUACCGAGGUGCAAAUCAAACGACUCUUGAAAGAAUCGGGGGCGCCGAGGCCCGAUUGUUCUUCUCGCGGGUUGCUCCGUGGGAAAACGAACAACUUGGCUGCGUGUAUGAUUUCCUCGACAAGAGGUUUUCCCAUGCUGCUCGGGAUGUUCUGGCGCACGAUGUUGAGUUUGGGGAAUAUAACAUAGAUUAUUUGAGUAUUGGCUCUGAGAAUGAGUGGACGCAAUGCUCGAUUUCGCGAGGGCUCAGCUUCGUUCAUCAAGUGAUGAAUGAAAAGUCAUAUGACUCCAAAAUGGCCUUGUUAAAGCCAAUAUUUUUUGGAAAUAUAUAUCUUUUGCUUCACAAUGCAUUGUCUGCGUGUUCUGCUGAGUUCUGUGACAAUCUCGGAAUCUGGGAAGGAACCUUGGAGGAAAUCUCCGACGAGGAAAUGGAGCUUCUGAUUGAGCGUUCUAUUCGGCAGGACACAGACCACGGACCAUUUUCUGCCUGGCACAGCGAGUAUAAGUACAUUUCGCGCAAUUCUUGGGUCAUGGCUGAGUUUAAAGCCGGGCUUCGAGAGCGAGCAUAUGUCCUCUGGGACAAUGACCGCAUGGAUCAUCUCGGAAUGCUUGACUUGUAUGAGUUCGCGCCUGAGGACCCAAGCCACAUGUGUCAUCAUGAAGAGGAGUAUAGCAAGAUGCAGAAGUCCUUUGAGGAAAGAUCCCAGAUAUAUCGGCAAGGGGGUCGGGGGUAUUGGAGUCCUAACGAUACAAGUAGGAUAGAGUGGUUAAGCUCAAACCAGUUAAAUGAGAACGAAUGAAGGGUUUGAGAGAAUUACGGAUGGAGACUCGAGGAUGGGAUUUUGGGUUGAAGGGAUACCUGACAGGAAAAGAAUACAGGCAAAAGAGCAAUACACGAAACAAUAGAUUUGGCAUUAAUACAAGCCUAGC